CUCAAUCUGGGAUGGUCUUUCACUACACCAAGAAGCUUGACAGGAUUAAAAGGGUCAUGUAUCGUCAUUCCUUGCAAGUUUACCUACAGUAAUUCCCAGCCAGGUGGCCUCCAAGUUUUAUGGUACUUGUACCAGAGUAAUGGAUAUCCAGCUGUAUUCAACCAAAAAGGAGGAAAUAUUUUGAACAGAUAUGAUGGGAAAACAAGUUUAACAGGCUCUGUGACAGACAGGAAUUGUAGCCUUAAAAUAGAAAGGCUGGAGAUGUACCACAAUCAGGAUCGACUUUACCCAUGGAUCGAUGAGCACCCAAUUACUUCCUACCAUUCACAGGGACACUCAUUUUUGGAUAAAAGCACUCAGAUUAUGGUUUCCGACCAUGCACAAGCUCCACAACUGAGCAUAAUUGAUCUCCCUAGGGUGGGGGAAAAAAGCAGAGUUGCCUGUAUAGUGCAGCAUACAUGUUUUGCUGCACCCCCUGUCCUGUCUCUGGAUGGGAUACCUGGGACAGACCACAUUUUCGACACCCCAGUGUCAGAUGGGAUUUGGGAAAGAAAAAUUGAAAGAACAUGGACUGUUCAGGAAGACAACAGCAGGGUGGAGUGCACUGUGAGAUAUGCUGGUGGACAGAGUGCCAAAAGCGAGCUUCAAAUACAUGUUGAAUGUCCUAAUGAAGAAAUCAAAAUGAAUGAAUCACCAGGAGAGUUGACAGAGGGUGUGGCAAAGAGCGUGAUUUGUUCUGUGUCCUACAAGUGCAAAAAAAAUAGACCGACAAUUGAAUGGAACUAUUCAGACAUGCAGAGUGUAGUAACAAACUACCAACAAGCUAGUUAUAACUACAUCACUGAGUCCAAUCUAACAUUUAUUGGAUCUUUAGAAGACAACGGAAAACGUUUGACCUGUACUGCACAGUUUGCCACUGGAGAAACCUCAUACUCCACAGAUCUCAGUGUAAAAAAAUACGAGGAACCAGUUGGAGAAGAACUGAAUGAAAAAGAUACUUUCCGUGUUCUGGCAGCUGACGUCCCUUUCAGAUUCAAGGCCCUGACUCGGUCCUGUGUAAUAAUCCCCUGCAGUUUCCAAGAUGAUGAAGAUCAACCCAUGACCCGAGGAAUCUGGUAUAAGAAAACUGGGGGCGUUGUGUACCAUAAUGCCCGCAGUGUGGUUCUGGACCACUUUAAGGAUCGAACCAAAAUUUUGGGAAACCUGAAUGAAGGCGACUGCUCCCUGGAGGUUGAUGAUAUAAAACCAUUUGACAAUGGGCCUUUCUGUUUCUAUGGAGAGAAAGGAAACAAUAAAUAUAGAUUUAACAACAGCUGUGUAUUCAUUGUCAUGAAAGCCUCCCCAGACAAACCAGAGAUGACCUCAAUUCCAGCUGAAUUAAAUGCUGGUUCCAUCGGAACUCUCUCCUGUUCAGUCAGCCAUGCAUGCUUUUCACACCCUCCAGAAUUUACAUGGAACGUUCCUAUCAUCAAUAAUAAGGUUUCAGACACUUUAUUGUCACGAGGUGUCUGGCAAAGGACAUCCACCAUCAACUUUGUAGUUCCUGGAGGAGAUGGAUUGAAAAACCUGACCUGUACCGCCACCUUCUGGGGUCAAAAGAAACAAGCCAGCACCACAGUCACAGUAAUUGUACAGGGAACUCUAAAGCACCAGAUGGAGAAAGCUGUUCCUGUGGUGAUUCCUGUCACCCUGUUAGUUCUGAUCCUCUUAGCUGUUGGGCUUGUCCUAUUUCGAUACUGGAAAAGAAGAAACAGGGAAGACCCUCUGAGACCCCCGCCCCGGCCAGAGAAAAGGAGGUCUCUUUGGGAAAGAUUUUCCAGGAGAUACCUUCAUGAAGAUAGAGAAAACCCCAUGGGGCAAGAAAAAAGACGGACAGAGGAAGAUCGAGUGGGGUGGCUAAAUCCAAGGACUUCAUUCUGGAAUAGGUUUUCAAGACGCCAAACAAACUCAGCUGACGUCAGUGUUGGUUAUUUAAGCAGCACCGAAAAGGUUGUCUGUAAAAAAGCACGUAUGCCGUCACCUAAAAAUAACCGAAGGCGACCUGCCCCUGCAACACCUGAGGAUGGGACCGUGUAUGGAAAUGUUUUUUAGAAAAAAGCAGAGCAUCAUCUUGGAGAAGACUUCAUUUCCUACUUCAGAUUCAUUAUCGUGUGUUAUUCUGCUUUUUAUUUUGAAGGCAAAUUCAAGCUUUUCAUUUAGAAGAUCAACAAUAAUCUGUCAUCUAUGUAGCCCCUGCCUUAACCAUAUUACAAAACUGUGUGUCAUUAAAAAUGUAUUUUAAUCAACAAUAAAUAUAACUGUAUAAA